AUGACCAAGCUCGUUGGUUCUCAUACCGCAUCCAUUCAUAAAUUGGAGAUGCAAAUGAGAGACUUCUAUAGGGAACAAAAUCUGAAGCAAAAAGGGACACUUCCAAGUGACACAAUUGCGAACCCCAAGGGUAAUGGGAGUGGUCCAUCUUCUCAUGUCAUGGCAAAUACCACUCGGAGUGGGAAGGUACUACAAGGAGGGAGUGAACAAGUGGUUGAAGUUGAAGAGUCCAAACAUGAAGUUGAGGUUGAAGACCAAAGGGUUGUUGAAGUUGAAAAGGUUCCGGAAGAGUUGAAUGUGCAACAAGAAAACCAGGGCGAGAAGAGAACCACCAAAAAUGAAGUGGUCAAUGUGACUCACCGGGUUAAUUCCAUCAUUGCAACAUCUACCAUUCAUAAGAAAGAAGACCCGGGAAUUUUUACCAUUCCUUGUACUAUUGGGGCACAUGACUUUGCAAGAGCCCUUUGUGAUAAUGGGGCUAGCAUCAACUUGAUACCUCUUGCCAUUUACAAGCAAGCAAGGUUGGGUAUACCAAGGCCCACAAGUAUGAGAUUGCAAAUGGACGACCGUUCCAUAAAGAUACCGGUGGGAAUUGUUGAUGAUGUGCUUGUUAAAGUGGGAAAGUUUCAUUUACCCGCCGAUUUCUUAGUCCUUAAUUGUGCGGUUGACAAAGAGAUCCCUAUCAUUUUGGGGAGACCAUUCCUAGACACAGGAAGAGCAUUAAUGGAUUCGAAAUGGAAUAAGAUCAAUUUUGGUGUGAAUGAUGAAGUGGUCACAUUCCAAGUAAGCAAGGGUAUGAAACUACCACAUGAAUAUGAGAGCAUCUCGGUGAUUGAUGUUGUUGAUGAAGUGGAAGAUGCGGUUGAAAUGAAGAUGGAAGAACAAUGCCUUGGUGAGGCGUUGGCAUUUAUUUUGGUGAACUUUGAUGGUGAAGAUAUGGAAGGAUAUAUGGAAUCGGUAAAUGCAUUGGAGGGGCUUGGGUCCUAUACUUAUGCUCUGGUAGAGCAAUUGUUGGAAGUCUUGAAAGAGCAUAGACAAGCUAUUGGAUGGACAAUUGUGGACAUCCGAGGGAUUCCUCCCCAGAAUUUGCGAACAUAA